AUCCGCGAAACAAGCACGUACGGCCACAGUCAGCUGAAAACUGGGCAUCCCGUCCGCUCUGCCAUACAUAAGCAGUUGAACGGCAGAUUAGUACUGCGGUGGGUGACCACGUGGGAAUCCCUGCUGCUGUACGUUUUGUAUCCUUCGUUUUGCUUCUCAUAGUACAUCAGUAAUUCCCUCCGGUAUUGUUUGUUUUGUGGUGUUGUUUUUCAUAUUUUGCUUGUUGAGGAUGAUGGCGGACGUUGGGUCGUACAAUAAGCAUUCGUCGCAAGGCGAGAGCACUUUCUUUCUG